AUGGCCAUUCGGGACAUUGUUGUUAACCCUUCCCUGCUGCCGGUGCUCAAUCUAAGCGCCGAGACCCGCGACCAAUGCAUGCAAUUGCUCGCCGUGCUCGACCCGUCGGCUGACUCCUACCCUGACUCCGAACAACGCGCCCUGGCAGCUUCCAAGGAACAGAAGCAGCUGUUCGCUCUUCUGGCUCGGCUGCGCGGGCUCAAUCGGGAUGCCAUUCUGCGCGUGCGAGAGACCAAACAGGCGACCGCAGAGGCUCGCCAGGAGAUCGAUCGCCUGCAUCUCCAACUGCAGAAUCUCUACUACGAGCAACGACACCUGACGGGGGAGAUCGCUGCCUGCGAAUCCUAUGAUCACAAGUACCUUGCCCUACCGUUGAUCCCGCUGGAGGAAUUCCUCACGUUACAUCCCGAGCACCGCGAAUCGGACGAGCACGAGCUCAUGAUCGCCCGCAUCAACCACGAACAUGCUGAACGCGAGAAGCUGGAGCAAGCGCGACAGGAGCUCUUGAAGCGGAAGCAGGCUUUGAUUGCGGAAAACAACAAACGCAAGGAGGAUUUGGCCAGCUUGGACCAGGACUUGGAGCGCUUUAUUGACGUAACUUUUUGUAGUUAUUGCAUGGAUUGGCGCACUGCUUCACCAACCCCAACAACUCCAACUCUCCUCGAACUCACCCAUCUGGUCUUGCGCCAGAUUACACUGCCUAACUCAAAGCAUGCCCUGGUCAUGAUCACCAAGUAUGAAGACCCGUCAUCAUCUCACACCGUCUCCACAAGCCCCGACCACACUAUGACCGUCAGCACCACCUCGCCGCCCCCGCCGCCGCCGGAGAAACCGGAGGCUAUCCGGACACGAUUCAAGGUCAUUGCAGCCUUCUGGGCUGUGAUCAUUUUUCUCGGCUUUCCAAUCUGGUGGAAGACAACAUCUAUCUAUCGAGCCUCCUUGCCCAUCCCGGAUAUGAUCGAUUGGGCCGACGGAAAGACCUGUCGUCCUGUUUUCCCACUCGAGAUUCGUGUCGAGACCCCUUCUCUGCCGGAAGCAGAGGCUCAGCACUUGCUUCGGACCACUCAACACACUCUCGAUGACCUGAACGAGUUCUCCGCACAUCAUCUGCGUCUGAAGUUAUCCAACGAUAAUGUGGAGGAGCAGCUGGAGGAAACCGCAGAUACGGCCUUGACCGUGCGCCUCCUGCCACAAGACGACCUAGUCAAUCCCAAAUCUGUACUUCAGUCCGACACCACUCAGCUAGAUGUCUUUUACUCUCCAAGCCAGAUACCGCCCCUAUCGUCUUCCAACCCGCCGUUGUCCGCUUAUAUCGCAGGUGAGCUUCAGCAGCUGUUCACCGAGGAGAAGGCCAUCAUUGCGCAAAUCCUGUCAAACAGCCAUGCAUCCAGCGCGGUAGCCACCGGGCAGCCGUCCUCGGCUGUGCUUUCCUCCGUCUCACCUCAGCUCGCGGACAGCAUCGCCAAGCGCCUCCGUCGCUCGAUGAAGUAUGCCGAUACCUAUCAUCUCGCCUUUUCCUUGUUCACCCCGGGUGCAGAGCCCUCAUCCUGGGACAUCCAAGCCGCGGUUCACGAAUACAUCACUCCUCUGCUACAAGCCUUCUCUCCGAUCAGCAAUUUCACCGUCGACACACAAGUGCAGCUGUACGCGACCUUUGCACCCACAGCCCCGGCGCCUGAGUACGAUGAGGGCCUCGCAGUCUGGUCCUUGAAGCCCGAGGAUCUUAGCGCCUUCAUUAAUGCGGCUGAAUGGCCUCUCAGUCCCAGCAUCGGUCCUGGUCCGACGAUCAACUUUAUUCUUUAUGUGCCUGAUGCAGCGCAAUCUCCCUUGGUUGUCAAAGAUAGUCUAGCCACCAGCUGGGUCGUUCCGCAGUGGGGCGGCGUCUUUCUUCUCAACCCCCCCAACGGCACUCACCUGCAUCACCUAUCACACGAAGCGCUCCAGGGCGCCUUCAUGACAUUCUCCCAUCAGCUCCUCACCCUGCUCGGCGCACCUACCACUCCGGCUGCGCUGCCAUUCCGGCUGCAGACCCUUACACGAAUCCGGGCUGCCAGUCUCCUACUCUCCGCUUCCUCUACCAUGGGCUCCCUUGCUCGUCUCACCGAGUCACUUCCUUCCAUUCCGAUCCCGGCCACCGUGGCUGCCUCUGUUGCCACGACCCUCUCGCAUCUGACCUCAGCCUGUGAACAUCUCCGACGGGGACGGUUCCAGGCCGCACUAGCGGAUGCACGCGUGGCCGAGACGGCGGCGGAGCGGAGCUUCUUCGAGAAGAGCAUGGUGGGCCAGAUGUAUUUCCCGGACGAACACAAGGUGGCUGUGUAUCUGCCUCUGUUGGGCCCGAUUGGCGUUCCACUCAUUGUCGGCUUGCUCAAGGAGGUCAAGAAGGCAUUAGCAAUGCGCAAGGCCAAGAAGGCUUCCUAG